UCGUCAUCGUUAGCGCCUGGAGCUGGAGGACAGAGGAGGCCUUCCGGUUGCGGGUGCCGGCCUUGUGUCGUGGAAUUCUCUCAAGUAACAGGAGCGAGAAAGCGAGCAGCGCCAUGAGCAACACCACCGUCGUCCCCAGCACGGCGGGCCCGGGCCCCAGCGGCGGGCCCGGUGGCGGAGGUGGUGGCGGUGGAGGCGGCGGCACCGAGGUAAUCCAGGUGACUAAUGUCUCCCCGAGCGCCAGUUCUGAGCAGAUGCGAACCCUCUUCGGUUUCCUAGGCAAGAUCGACGAAUUGCGCCUCUUCCCGCCAGAUGAUUCACCUUUGCCAGUCUCAUCCCGUGUCUGCUUUGUUAAGUUCCAUGAUCCCGAUUCAGCAGUUGUGGCACAGCAUCUGACAAACACUGUCUUCGUUGACAGAGCUUUGAUAGUCGUACCAUAUGCAGAAGGAGUUAUUCCUGAUGAGACUAAGGCUUUGUCUCUGUUGGCACCAGCUAACGCAGUGGCAGGUCUUCUGCCUGGUGGUGGACUCCUGCCUACUCCUAAUCCACUUACCCAGAUUGGCGCUGUUCCAUUGGCUGCUUUGGGAGCUCCUACUCUUGAUCCUGCCCUUGCUGCUCUUGGGCUUCCUGGAGCAAACUUGAACUCUCAGUCUCUUGCCGCAGAUCAGUUAUUGAAGCUUAUGAGUACUGUUGAUCCCAAGUUGAAUCAUGUAGCUGCUGGUCUUGUUUCACCAAGUCUGAAAUCAGAUACUUCUAGUAAAGAAAUAGAGGAAGCCAUGAAAAGAGUACGAGAAGCACAGUCCCUAAUUUCUGCUGCUAUAGAGCCAGAUAAGAAAGAAGAAAAACGAAGACAUUCAAGAUCAAGAUCACGUUCUAGGAGGAGGAGGACUCCCUCAUCUUCUAGACAUAGGCGAUCCAGAAGCAGAUCGCGGAGGAGAUCACAUUCUAAGUCAAGGAGUAGACGACGAUCCAAAAGUCCAAGACGGAGACGAUCUCAUUCCAGAGAAAGAGGUAGAAGAUCAAGGAGUACAUCCAAAACCAGAGACAAAAAGAAAGAAGAUAAAGAAAAGAAACGUUCCAAAACACCACCAAAAAGUUAUAGCACAGCCAGACGUUCUAGAAGUGCAAGCAGAGAGAGAAGGCGAAGGAGGAGCAGGAGUGGAACAAGGUCUCCUAAGAAGCCCAGGUCUCCUAAAAGAAAGUUAUCUCGCUCACCAUCCCCUAGGAGACAUAAAAAGGAGAAGAAGAAAGACAAAGAAAGAAGUAGAGAUGAAAGAGAACGAUCAACAAGCAAGAAGAAGAAGAGUAAAGAUAAGGAGAAAGAACGGGAAAGAAAAUCAGAGAGUGACAAAGAUGUAAAACAGGUUACACGAGAUUACGAUGAAGAGGAACAGGGCUAUGACAGCGAGAAAGAGAAAAAAGAAGAAAAGAAGCCAAUGGAAGCAGGUUCCCCUAAAACAAAGGAAUGUUCUGUGGAAAAGGGAACUGGAGAUUUACUCAGAGAAUCCAAAGUAAAUGGAGAUGAUCAUCAUGAAGAAGACAUGGAUAUGAGUGACUGAAUAUUGCCUCUACAGGUAUUCUAACUGUAUACAUGCAUCAGUGUCAUUCCUUUGUGUGAUUUCUUCAUGCUGUAUUUGUUCAUCUCAAAUCUAGAUGUAUACAGCUCUGAGUUAUAAAAUGGUUAUAUAAAGCUCCUGAUAAUGAUAUUAGUUACUUACAUCAAAAGCUUUUAGAAAAUGGUACAUGGUAACCAAUUCUUGUCAUGGUGAAAUCUGAUUGCGUAAACAGCAGUUUUCUAUUCUGGUGCUGCUUCGUAAUAAAAAUGAAAAGCUGCAUGCAUCUACAGCAGGCAUGGAUUGUUUAUGUUGUAUGAUCUCCUUUAUUAAGUAAGUUCACUUAUAGUAUUUCUAGAAUUUGAUUCAUUGCCGUAAUACAGCCAUGUAGGGAAUGCACUGAUUGCAUGUUAAUUGUGGCAGGAAUAUUCUAAAUGUCAUUAAAACCCUUCAACAUAAUGGAUCUAUUUAGGGUCUUGUUUGUUGACUCAACAAAUUAACAUUCUUACAGUUACAUCUGAAAAUGAACAUUUGAAAUAGAUAAUCCUUUUAAGCCUUGUGGCUAAAUUUUUGUGGCUUUUGUUUAACUUUGAAAGGUAUAUAUAUAUAUAUGUAUAUAUAUACACUAACGUUUUUGAUCGCUGAUUAGACUUUAAUUACAGAAACAGAAGAUUUCAAAUAAAACUUUGGCAGUGAGUAGCAGCAUACUUUGAAAAAGCAUUGUAUACUUUUUCAUAAGGUAUUUGGGAUUUGGUUGUUGUUGUUUUUUUCCCUGAAAUAAUUUAUUUCCAUAUCAACAUCAAUGAAAGCUUUCUGCCUGGAAAUCCAUUUGUAAAAGAGAGUUCUAUCUUGUCCUGAUUUUCAGUUUUUCCACUCUUAACUAAAUUUGUUUUAAGCUCACUGUUAGAAAAAGGGGAAAGUGCAUUUUAAAUUGACCUUCUUCGUAUGCUUUUAAAAUAAGACAAAUCAACUUGAUAAUGUACUUUUGAUCUCAAGUUGUAUAAAACCAAUAAAUUUGUGUUACUGUUACUACAGUAGUAUUGUUAUGCACAGUGAUUUCAUGUUAUAUGCAAAGUAGUUAGGCAACUGUUUUCUUAGUUACAGGAGUUUACGCUUCACUUUUGUGCAGUCAAAGCAAAAGUAGGCUACAGUCUGUGCCAUGUUGAUGUACAGUUUCUGAAAUUGUUUUACAAGGACUUUGAUAAUAAAACCCUUAAACUUAUAUGUGUUUCUGUAAA